GGUUGGAAUUAUCAGUCCCUUCGUCAGAAUGAGAAUAACUGACUUUUUUUGUUGUUUAUAAACAUUCAAACCGAGAGAAUAAUAUCAUAAAUCAUUCAACAACGUGAAAAAUCACAUCUUCCAUUCGUACUGUCUAUUCUAGAGUAAAUGUUGUGAAUGUUCAGUACUUGUAAAAAACUCGAGGUUAGAGUGGAUUGUACUCCACUCUGUUGAAUAAAAAAGUGAAAUGUAUCAUAUGUGUUGUGUGUUCGCUUCCAUCAAAUUGCCUAAUGAGAAAUGACAUAUCAUUGGAUUGAUAAAGAUUGAAGACUCGUGGUGGAGUCUUGUGAUUCCAUACUAGUAAUUGGUGGAGAUUGGUGAUAACAUUGUGCUGGCACUCGGGUGUUCCCUUUUUUUAUCAUUCUUCGAAGUAGUGGGCCAGUGUACAUAAUUUAUGUGGAGCUGUUGAUCAUAGUUUGCGAAUCAUUAUCAAUAUUUAUUCGUAAAAUCAUGAAUAUUUGAGUUCCACUGCCGACAAAGAGAGUCGAGGAGAUAUAAAUGUCUACUGGAUACUCCGAGGUUCUCUCUGGAGUUUUGAACAAUAUCUGAGAGACUCACUGGGGUUUAUUAAGGCAUAAUGAAGUUCGCUGAACACUUGUCAGCCCACAUAACGCCAGAAUGGCGAAAGCAGUACAUAAGUUACGAGGAGAUGAAGGCAAUGCUCUACACAGCUGUGGAGGAGGCACCCUCUGCAGAGAGUGUCGAGCCAGAAAUGAUCUCAAGGCACUUUGCAUCAUUUGAUGAAGUGUUCUUCACGUUCUGUGAUCGUGAACUCAAAAAGAUUAACACAUUUUAUUCAGAAAAACUAGCUGAAGCAACGAGGAAGUAUGCUGCCCUCCAGACUGAACUGAAAACAGCCCUCGAUCUCCAGGAAGGGAGUGGAAGGCACAAAGGGACAGCCAAGCCACAUCUCUCAGCGAGAAAAAUACGUGAACUGAAGCUAGGUUUUUCGGAGUACUACCUCUCCCUGAUUUUGCUCCAGAAUUAUCAAAAUUUGAACUACACUGGCUUUCGAAAAAUCCUAAAAAAACAUGACAAGCUACUGAACGUCGACAGUGGCUCAAAAUGGCGAAUGGAGUGUGUGGAAACGUCUCAUUUCUGUACUUCAAAAGACAUCGACCGACUGAUUCAGGAGACAGAAGCAACAGUUACCAACGAAUUGGAGAGUGGAGAUCGACAGAGAGCGAUGAAGAGACUUCGUGUGCCUCCACUGGGGGAACAUCAGAGCCCUUGGACUACAUUCAAAGUGGGAUUAUUCUCCGGGAGUUUCAUUGUUCUAUUUGUUGCUGUUGUGCUUUCUGCAAUUUUCCACGAAAAUGGGGACAAUCUCAAAGUGGCAUUUCGACUCUACCGGGGACCUCUGCUACUCGUCGAAUUUUUAUUUCUCAUCGGGGUCAAUGUUUAUGGCUGGAGAUCAUCCGGAGUUAAUCAUGUAUUGAUAUUUGAAUUGGAUCCACGUAAUCACUUGUCGGAGCAGCAUCUCAUGGAGCUCGCAGCUGUCCUUGGAGUUGUUUGGACACUGAGUUUACUCAGUUUCCUGUACAGCGCGAGCCUCGGUGUACCACCUUAUACCAAUCCACUAGUGCUUGUGUGCAUCAUGCUGGCAUUUCUCUUUAAUCCGUUCAAGAUAUUCCGGCAUGAGGCGAGGUUUUGGUUACUGCGAAUUUGUUGGAGAAUGAUAAUAGCACCAUUUGCCUACGUAAACUUCGCGGACUUUUGGCUGGCAGAUCAGCUGAACAGUCUCGUGACCCCUCUGAUGGAUUUCCACUUUUUAAUAUGUUUCUACCUGACAACUGGAGACUGGCUGAAUGCCGGGGAGACAAGCCAGUGUGGAUCUGGCUCACUGAUAGUCCGGCCAAUAGUCAAUUGCAUACCCGCAUGGAUAAGAUUUGCACAGUGUGUCAGACGUUAUCGUGACUCAAAGGAGGCAUUUCCACAUCUUGUUAAUGCGGGAAAAUACGCAACAACUUUUCUUGUUGUCAUUACAGCAACCUUGAGGCUCUAUCAUGACGAUGAGUACAGGAAAAACCACUGGGAGAGCCCCUGGCUGUGGCUGUGGGUCGUGAGCUGUUUGAUAAAUUCGAUAUACUCGUACACUUGGGAUAUAAAAAUGGAUUGGGGUUUAUUGGACAGUAAUGCAGGUGAAAAUAAAUUUCUGCGCGAAGAAGUCGUGUAUUCAUCCGCUGGAUUUUACUACUUUGCCAUUAUUGAGGAUUUCUUGCUGAGAUUCAUUUGGAUAGCAAGUUUUGUUCUCGUGGAUUAUGGGUAUGUCGGUGGGGACCUGAUGACCUCAAUUGUGGCGCCAUUGGAAGUCUUCAGGAGAUUCGUCUGGAAUUUCUUUCGACUUGAGAACGAGCACUUGAAUAACUGCGGCAAAUUCAGAGCUGUGAGAGACAUAUCAAUAGCCCCAAUUGAAAGCUCAGACCAAACACAAAUAUUGAGGAUGAUGGAUGAUGAUAAUGGAGUGGUCAACAGGGGGAAACGCAAACCUGGUGGGAAGAAAGCAUCUAAUGCUAAGGAAGAUAGGCGUGCACUACUCAAGGAGGAGACAAUCGAUAUGGAUGUGUCCAAUGCCAGCUGAGAUACGCUCAUAUUUAGGAUGAAAUUGUAUACUUCGAGGGGGUAAUAUCUAGAUCAUUUUAAUUUUAUUUGGGCUCGUCCGCGUUUUUAUUAGGUAAUUAUGUGGAGGAGUUGCACUAAGGAAAAUAUAAAAUUUUAAAAAUGUAGAUAGCUUGGGAAUCAUUGAGAAAUUAAAUUUGUAAAUAAUUGUGGAUGGGCCAUGAUUAUGUCCAAUUCCAAAUGUCAUGUUUGAUUUUUUUUUGCUGUCAUGAUUCUUAAAAUGUUGACAACAAACAUUUUAACGUUUUGAUAUUUAUUAGAGCAAACGAAUAUAAGCAACUUUAAUUGGAAAUUCAAUUAUUCAUGGACUCGAAUGUCAACUUGCUUUUCUUACUUAUUUUUGAUAUAUUAAAUUCGAUUAGACUGUUCAAAGUUAUGCGCAAUUGGAGGAAUUUAAGGUACUAGUGCUAAACGUUUGUGAAUGCACACUGUGCUUCCAUUAUAAUGGGAUAUUUGUUGUUAAAAUCCUGCUGGCGAUUUAUCUCUCACUCAAUUAUCAGUAUUUUAUACUCAAACGUUCCUUAAAGAAUAAUUGGUACUUACGAUACGUUUUUUUUCUUUUUGUAGAGGUUUAUUAAAGUACAAUUGUUACUAUAAGGCACUCGUACUCAUCCAAAAAGCUCAAUCCAGUCUUAAAUGAUUGUAUUUCACGUGCAUUAUUAUUUUGUAGACUAGCUGAUGCGAGUUUAUUUUCAUCAUGCAAUUUCGGAUGAAAAUAAAUUGAUCAUGUUCGAUUUAUUUUAGGGGGAUCACUGCGAGAAACGAAUUGAAACAAAUGUGAUAUUUUUGAUUCAUAUUAUAUAUUUUUGCCAAACGGCAGUUCCAAAGGAAUUAGAAUUAAAAAAUCACGAUUAUUUAAUCAGUAAGAAAAUUAAUAAAUACCGUGAUUAUUCUCAUCCUGAUAAUAACGAGAUUCACCGUGAAACCCAUAAUUUGUGCUUCUAGAAUAAAAUGACUAAUUGAUGAUGUAUAGAAUGUAAAUAGUACUUAGACCAACGGUGAAAUCAUGGAGAAACAACCAAUAAUAAAACGAGAAUAUUCAAAUGAAUCGUUCGUGGAACGCAACGAUUUCCAUACCAAGCUAUAUAUUUUUGUAAAAAUAAUGAAUUAAAAAAAAUAUACGUGCUGCUGUGAUUAUGAUAUAUGCACAUGUAUAAAUUGUUGAUGACAUAAAGAGCAAAAUAAUUUCAAAAUAAUUGUAAGAAGUGUUUUUUCCAGACUUGAGUGCCUUCACCUUUUGAGAAAUAAGCUUUCGUAAGUUGAUAAAAAUAGAAUGACAAACAGUGUAUGAGGCCAAUGUUGCAUUCUCAGUGUCUCAUUUCUUUCUAGUUGUCUGUCACCUGGUGUCUAAUGAGCAUCAUGUAUGCUUGAAGUGUUACGUAAAGAAACAUAGAGUAAUAAACUUUAAACUAAAGCCAUAUGAUGAUGAUUAUUACGUUUUCCCCUGAUUUUCGUCAUGUUAACUAACAAAAUUCACUGUCCCUCUGAGCUAGGUGAAUAACGACCAAAAAAUAUGUAAAAUAAAAUGAAUAAACAAAGUAAUUAUCUCAAUUGUUUUUCAUUUAAUAAAAUGAUAAUCGUCUAAAAACUAAUUUAAAAUAUCCUUAAACAAUUACAAUCACUAUAUAACAUAAUGGCAUUAAA